AGUUUGGCAAUUGCAGCCCUAAGCCUACUCCAGAGUCUCCCACGGCGCCGACGCCUGAGGCGCUCGCCGACGCCUGCCAGUGCCAGGCCGCCACCGCGCACGACUCCGUCUUGCUGUCCAUCCUGCGCCGCCUCAUCCUCUCCUCCCCGGCUCCCCGGUUCCCGCCCCUAACACUAGCACUAGUAGUAGUUAGGGGCUGUCCAACGGGCCGGCGACCCCGCCUCAACCGCCGCAGUUUCGCCGGAGAUGGACUUCCAGGUCGUCGUCCUCGCCGGCGGCACCUCCGACUCCGAGAAACUGUGCCCCCUCGUUUCCAAGGACGUUCCCAAGGCGUUGCUCCCGGUCGCCAACCGCCCCGUGCUCUCUUACGCGCUGGACCUUCUUGAGGCCAGCGACCUCAAGGACCUCAUCGUGGUGGUUGAGGGGCAGGAGGCAGCACAGCUUGUCGACGCUUGGGUAUCCAGCGCGUACCUGGAUCGCCUUCGAGUGGAGGUAGUUGUGGUUUCUGAAGACCUUGGAAGUGCUGGUGCAUUACGAGCUAUUUCAAAGCGACUGACAGCAAAUGAUAUUUUGGUAGUUAGCGGUGACCUGGUAACAGAUGUGUUGCCUGGAGCUGUUGCUGCUACUCAUAGAAGAAAUGGUGCAGCUGUUACUGCUUUACUAUGUUCUGUUCCUGUUAGUGGUCCUUCAGACACUGCUUCUUCUAGUGGGAAAGAUAAAGCUAAAAAGCCAACUCGUUUGAACAUAGUAGGGCUGGACAAGAGUAAACAAUUCUUGUUGCAUAUCGUGUCAGGAACUGAUGUUGAAAAAGAUGUUCAAGUUCAUAAAAGAAAAAUACAGGCUGUUGGUCAGAUGGAAAUUCGAAGUGACCUAAUGGAUGCACAUCUUUAUGCUUUUAAGAGGACAAUAUUACAGGACGUACUGGAACAGAAGGAAGCAUACCGUAGCAUUAGACUUGAAGUCCUCCCAUAUUUAGUUAGGAGUCAAUUGGUAUGCUCAUGCUUAAUGACAUGUAAACAUGUAACACACUCGUCUGAAGCAGUGUUUAACUGUUGUAAACUUGAACAGAGAUCAGCUCCAUCUGGUGGCAGUGGAACAGCAGUUGAUGAAACUGGGAGUAGUGCUGUUCAGUCCAGUGGUAAUUUGCAGUGUUUGUCACAGCAUCGUGUCAUUGCACCAUCUGCUUUCAAGCAGGAUGGUGGUGGACAUAGGUGCUGUGCUUAUAUUGCUACUAAAAGCAAAUACUGUCACCGGUUGAACUCAAUUCAGUCGUAUUGUGAUAUCAAUCGAGACGUUAUAGGGGAAGCUAGCCACUUGUCUGGUUAUUCCUUCUCUGCACAAAACAAUAUCAUCCACCCAUCCUCUGUGCUUGGAUCAAAGACUACAAUAGGACCACAUUGUAUUCUUGCUGAGGGUUCACAGCUAGGUGACAAGUGUAGUGUGAAGCGAUCCGUGAUUGGUCGUCACUGCCGAAUCGGUUCCAAUGUGAAGAUUGUCAACUCUGUUGUGAUGAAUCACGUUGUUAUUGAAGAUGGUUGCCACAUCCAAGGUUCUGUUGUAUGUAAUAAUGUUCAACUGCAAGAACGGGCUGUUCUGAAAGAUUGCCAGGUUGGAGCUGGUUAUAUUGUGACUGGUGGCAGCGAGCACAAAGCAGAAUCCCUAGCAAGAAAGUACAGUGAGCUUUGACUGUUUUGUUGGAUACUGAAUGAUUUUGUAUUCACUUGAGAUGCACCCCAAAGAAGAAGAAAAAAGGGUAGCAGUUCUUGUCUAAAAUUUAUAAAAUAUGUCAUUAUGUACAACAGCACAGUUUUGGUUGCAGUGUAACAGUGCGAAAGGUUUUGGUUGCUUAUUCAGUACCAGUUUUGUACCAGGCUGCUUGAGCAAGUUACUAUUGUCUAAAAUUUUGGAUCCGGUUCCUCCUUCGCCGUGUGCUUUUGAGAGGCCAGGUUGUUGCCUA